AUGACAAGUUCCAACAAAUAUGAGCCCCUAUGGGCUCCUAUGGUCCAAAAUUCAAAAAUGCCCGUGAAUCUACACUAUUUGGGAAAAAAUACGAACGAUGUGUCUAUCGUUCGUAUUAUUAAUGCAAUUUGCGAAAUUCUGCCAGAUUACGUUAAAAAGGGAGAAAAAUUAAACAGCAAGUCUGUAAAGGAUAGCUGGAGUACUAAAACGAAUGGAGAGAUAAAUAAGAUGAACAAGGAUGAACUGCGCAAACAGCUUACCAAACUCAAACUGGACUCAAGGGGUGUAAAAGAAGUGUUGAAGAAGCGUUUGAAGAAUCACAAUAUGCGUUUAAAGCUCAGACAAGCUGAAGUGCAACCUUGUAGUGGCGUGGACACAUUCUAUGAAUACUUGCUGGUGAUAGACUUUGAGGCUACUUGUAUGGAGGAUAACCCAACUGAUUACAAACAUGAGAUCAUUGAGUUUCCCAUUGUCUUGAUUCAUACUGAAACACUGGAAAUAAUAGAUGAGUACCACAGCUAUGUGAGACCAGAGGUUCAUCCACAGCUGACCAGAUUCUGCUCUCAACUCACUGGCAUAUCGCAGGCCACAGUAAGUAGGGCACCUAUAUUCAAGGAUGUUCUAGAGAAUGUCAACACUUGGAUGGAAAAACAUAGACUGAACAAGAAGGAAACAAAAUUUGCAAUCAUUACCGAUGGACCAUGGGAUAUGAGUCGAUUUAUGUAUACCCAGUGUCAACUUUCACAUCUUCCUAUUCCUAAGUGGGCCCGCAAGUGGAUCAAUUUGCGUAAAUGCUAUAGCAAUUACUAUUGCGUCCAACGAAUAAAACUUGCAUCCAUGUUGGAAAAUCUUGGUAUGACGUUUGAAGGCAAACCACACAGUGGAAUUGAUGAUGCAAGAAAUAUCGCCAAAAUUGCUCUCAGGAUGUUAAAUGAUGGCUGUGAAUUACGUGUCAAUGAAAUGCUGUUUUCCAGAAAACUUCAGAAAAAUUCUGAACUUGUUCAUCAAAAUAAUGAAACAGUUAAAGACAGAGAGAGUGACUGGGAAGUGCUGAAUGUAACAAAGAAGGAUGCAGAAAUGUCUUCAGAAUCUGACAAUGAGACUGAACCAAAUUUCACACCUGUUGAUUCAGAUACUAACCAAUUCAGUAUUAUAUGCAAUAACAUUGGUGCAAUGAAGAUCAGCAAUAAGAACUCCAAGAAAGAAACAAUAAUUAAGCAACACACUAAAGCUAAGAAAGAGGUUAGAAGUAAUACUAUAGAAGACGAGGGUAUUGAUGAUUUGCUGGCUUAUUACAGGCUACAGUCAAGUUAAUGUCAAAUUAUUAAUAAUUGUUAGACAUUUCAGUAAUUAUAUUGUUACACCUACUUAGACGAAGGGCAAUUACUAGGUACUCUCAAAAUGAAAUGAUCUUGAUUUACGUCAUUAGAUAUUCAAAAUUCAUUA